UAGAUGCACUCCAGCAAAGGGGAGCUGGCGCAGCAGUGCGCAGUUGUGGCGGUUCCCGGGGCUCGAGGGGUCGGGGUCUGGGGUUGGGGACAGGCUGCGUGCCAAAAGGCACGCGAGGCGCUCUUUCGACAAAUCAGCUCUGCACGUCAGAGCACUUCCAUAUGCCUAAAUCAUUACAGUGAUACAUAACUGUCACUAAUACUUCUUUUGGGGCAACAAGCGACCGUUUUCACUAUAAUGCUUUUAUGCGCUGGCUUUUCAGCAAUUGACAUUAUGAACACUUAUUUUAUGUAGUUUAACUCAUAUCCAUGUCGAAAUUGCGGUAGAAACAUACAGGGGCGCGCCAUUCGGCGUGCCAGCAGGCCGAAAUGGCGGAAGAGUUGCUCAUCCGUCCAGGUUUCAACUUGGACUCGUGCUUCAGGGGCCACCUCAGCUCAGUGCGGCGCGUGACCUUCAAUCAGCGCACAAAGCAGUUCAUCUCGGUGGAUGAGCACUGCCUCAAGGCCUGGACGCUGGACCAUGACAAGCAGUGCCGGGCGCAGCACGACGUGCAGUUCCCAAACUACCAGUCCAACUUCAUCACCUCCAUCGUGCUCAGCCAGGAGCUGGGGCUGCUGUUCUGCGCCUGCCUGGACGACAACCUGCGGCUGUAUAAUGAGCGGCUGCGGCUCAAGAGCAGCAUGCCCUGGUCCAACGGCGUCGUGCGGGAGAUGCUCUACUACGAGAGGCGGCACUUGCUCAUUACGGCGGGAUCGUACGGUGUAAAGGUGUGGGAGUGCCUGUUGGACUAUGAGGCAUUCCGCCUGGACAAGACGUCCGACCUGUUUGACGUGCCCAAGGUCAAGGACGGCAGCGUGCUUCCCUGGUGCUUCGGCAAGUACCAGCACGUGCGGCUGCGGCACACGCUCAAUGUGCCCGGCGCUCGCGUCAUCGGCGCCACUGCGCCGACGGGCGGCGACGCCGCGGCGCUGGCGGCGGCGGUGGGCGGCGGCGGGUUGCCGGGCGGCGACGUGAUCAACGCGCCCUGGUGCGACCGCAUCACGCUGCACGAGCCCGCAGCCAUGGUGCUGGCCAUGUUCGAGGGCCACGUUUACGGCUUCGACGUGAUGAGCGGCAACUGCCUGUUGUCGUACACUGGGCUGUACGACCAGCCCGUGACCAGCUGCGUGUUCGUGCCGGAGUCGGACCAGCUGUUUACCACCGCCAUGGACACGUGCGCCAUGCUGUGGCGUGUGCCGCGCGGCUGUGAGGCGCAGCGCUUCAAGCAGUUCGGCCGCACCGCAGCGCCGCUCACACUGGUGCUGGCGGACCCAGACGGCCGCCACGUGCUCACAACCUCGCUGGACGGCUCUGUGACGCUGUGGGACAUGGACACGCUGACGGCUGUGUUCAAGAUGAAGCUGAGCAAGACGCCCGUGUCCACCUCCUUUUACAAACCCAACUGCUUCUUCAUGGCAACUGACACGGAGGUGAAGCUGUUCUCCAUCGCGCACCUGUUUGAGUCCUGGAUGGACUGCAACAGCCCAGUUACCAGCCUGCGGCCCGUCACGCCCGGACUCAUACUGGCGGAGUUCGCGGACAGCAGCGCUCGGCUGUUGGAUGCCAGUGACACCAUCCGCCUGGACAAGUCGGUGGUGACCACCAUGCCGCAGCUGACCAGCACUGGCCUGGCGCCCGGCGGCGCCGCGGUGACUGUCAGCCUGCCCGCCGCGCGCCUGUUCGCGCUGCUGGCGGACGGCGGCGUGCACGUGUGGCAGCUGCACCUGAGGCGGCCGCCCAGCUUCGUGGCGGCCUGGACGCACCUGGCUCGCGAGGGCUGCUGCAGCCUGGCGCACCUGGACGGCGGCAGCCUGCCCCCCGCGGUGGCGGAGCGGUGCGUCCUGCCGUACGACUCCGCCACGGGCGUUACCCGCGACCACCUGGCACUGGGCACCGCCAGCGGCGACUGCAUACUGGUGGACAGCAGCAGCGGCGCCAUCUCGUUCCGCUUCCCCGCCUUCAAGCACCAGCCGCUGCAGCUGCUGGCUGCGGACCUGGACCGCGGGGUGCUGGUGACGGUCAGCCGCAACGUGAUCAAGAUAUGGAACAUGGCGGAUGUGCGCUGCAUGCACGAGCUGCAGACCAGCCGGCCGGUGAGCCGGCUGGAGCUGCUGGAGGGUCGCGCCAUCGCCGGCACCGUGACCGGCAGCGUGCACGUGGCGGAGCUGCACAGCGGCGCCGCCAACGCCGCCUCCGUCACCGCCGACCACCUGGACGCCGUCACGGGGCUGGCGACGUCCGUGCACCUGCAGCACAUGGUCACGGGCAGCCGCGACUCACACAUCAAGGUGUUUGACCGCGACAAGCGCUUCAAGCGCUCCAUCUACCUGGGCGCGCCCGUCAGCGCCGUCGCCUACCUCAACGACGCCGGAGACAUCCUGGUGGCCAUGGGGCAGCGCCUGGUGGUGGUGCGAGCGGCGCAGUACGACAACCUGGCGGGGGGCAAGGAGUCCAUGUAUGACGACAUGCGCGGCAGCGGCGUGACGCCGAGGGCGCUGCUGCGAGCCAUGCAGAGCCGCAUGCAGCGGCUCAGCAAGUUCAAGGUGCCGCUGCAGGUGUACGCGGCGGCCGCGGCGCCGGAGGCAGGCGCACUGGCGGGCGACGGCAGCGGCUCCGGGGUGCGGCGCACGCCGCCGCUGCGCCGCCAGGGCACGCCCACCAACGCGCCAGAGGUGUUGCUGUCCACGGUGCUCACACGUAACUCCAGCUCGCGGCCCGGCUCUCAGGGCGCCAACGACAGCCACUCGGGCGGCAUGGCGGCGGGACAGAACAGCUGGAGCGGUGGCGCCAUUGCGGGGCUGCCGCGGGCGAGUGUCGCAGGUGGCGCAGGUGGAGCAGGUGGCGCCAAUGCUAGUUUGGCUGGCGAGCGGCCGCCCAGCAGUUUGAAGGGCGCACUGCGGAAUGCGGUGGCGCUGGAUGCGGCGCUGCAGGGCGGGCAGCGGCCGGUCACGCGGGAGAGUGCCUCGCGAGGCGGGAAUCGCUCGGUGCAGUGGGGCGCUGGGGGGCCUGAUGGAGCAGCGGCGGCGGCGGGGGCUACUGGAACAGGCAACGACCCGGCGGCGAGCGCUGACGGCGCCACAGCACCUGGCGACGCGGUGGAUAGCGGCGCCAGUGUCAGCGGUGAGGCAGGAGCAGCAGCUGUGGAGACGGCUGCAGCGCCUGCGCCGUACGACCCCGAGGCAGCCGCCCGGGCGCAGUCUGAGGACGAGGAGGAGGGGCACGCCAUUGCGCGGGAGAUGUUCCCGCUGGUGUACUCGUACAAUCUGCACAAGGAGAAGAUGCGGAUAGACCGACUGCUGCACGGACUGCCGUCCAUACACCAAAAGAUGGGCCCAGGCGGUUUGCCCCCGGGCAUGGCCCCUCAGGAGCCCGUGCCCAUGCGGCCGUCCUCCAGAGCAGGCAGUAGCUCUGGCGGCGCACCGGGCAGCCGCGGCAGUAGCCGUGUGGCUGCUACAGCCAUGCGCCUCAACAGCAUGCGCAGCCACGCGACAGCCGGCGGAGGGAGCGCAGGCAAGGAGGAGGCGGAGGACGAGGAGGAGGAUGGAGACGAUGAGGACGAGGAGGAGGGUGGCGUCACCGACUCGACUGCCUCUGCAUCCGCAUCGGACGCCGAGGCGCCCGCCACCUCCGCCGGCCUCACCGCCGCCUUCCGCCGCACCCUGCCUGUCAUCGCCUCGCCCUCGGCCUUCUUUGACGGCCACAUACCCCCCGAGGCCCUGGCAGCCAUGGCCGCGGCCGCUGGCAAAAAGAAGAAGGUCAAGAAGAAGGCGGGGCCGGGCGCGGCGGGAGCAGCGGGCGCCGGAGGGGAAGCUGGCGCCGCGGCAGGGGAAAAGAAGAAAAAGAAGAAAAAGAAGAAGCGACGGCGGCGCAAGGUGAUGGCCAACACCGACCCUGUCGACAUCCUCAAGAGCCGCCAGGACUAUGAGGUGCGGGCGGAGAUCAAAGCGUACGAAAAGCACAUGACCGUGCAGCGCCUGGCGACCGCCACCUUCCUGCCACGACUCGGGCCGCCCAGCCACGGCCCCAGCAGCGGGCACGGCGCAGCGCUCGGCGGCACCGGCGGCCGCGCAGCGGCCGCGACCGCGGCCGCCGCCGCCGCAGCAGCGGCGGCCUCUGGCCUGGACGGCGGGACCGUCACCUCCGUGACAGUGGAGAUGAAGAGUGCGGGCUCGACGCCGCGAGUUGGCACGGCCGAUGGUGCCGGCGGCGCCGGCGGCGGGGCUGCUCCUGCCGGUGCCGCUACUGCCGCCAGCGCUGCUGCAGCCGCCGCUGGCGGCACGGCCUCCAUGAAGUCGCUCAUUCGAAACCUGGGCGUGCGCGGCAAUGUGGCGGACCUGGCACGCAUGAUUGACGACCCCAGGAGUUUCAUCGUGGCGCAGCAGCAGCCGCCCGGUGGUGCCGGCGGAGCUGGCGCGAUUGGGCUGGGCCCGCCGGCCGCAGGCGGCGGCGGCACGGGUGUCGGCGGCAAGGGCGGGGCAGCGAGCGCGUCUGUGCUGGAAUCGGCACUUGGGUCGCGAGUGGGAACGGCGGAUGUUUCGUCGUUGGGAGGUGGCGGGAGAGCGGCGGGUGGGACGGGAGGGCGGCGGGCGCCGACAGGGCUGGGCGGCGUGGGUAACGUUGGCAUGCAGGCGAUCCGCGGGAGGUCGUAGUUCGCCACGAUUUGAUUCUGCCUGGAGAGCGUGGUGGAGUGGAGCAAAUGAAGCGCAGACGCCAGACGGCAAUGCCUGCUGUGAAUGUGUUGGGACAUACAACGGGCAUACCCGCAGCAGGCAGGUGCAGAGGGUCACCGCGUCAGCCUGUUGUUAAUGUACGAUUCGCCACUUGACACAUAAUGUAAGAGGUGCCCGAAGCCUCUGCUCGUGGCUCAGCUUGGGUAGUUUGAUAGCCCAGCAUCAAUUCAUGGCGGUCUGGCGUGUCAUGGCGUCGGGGGGGAUGUGCUGCAUCGUGGGGGGCGUCGAGUGCCGUCGCACCUUCAAAAUAGAGAGGCUGUAAGAACUUCAAAAU